AUGCCCCCACCUGGCACAGCACCAACAGGAGACGAGUCCCCCUCUCGGGUGCUCCGCAAGUCGCAGAGCACACCUGUGCUCUCCAGCCUGAAUGCUGCUGUCGCUGCUGCCGGGGCUGAGGCAUCUGGUGAUGCACAGAAGAUAGGGCGUCUCACAGUGGAGGAGCGGCGGCGGAAAGUGCUUAGGUACAGGCAGAAGCGGCAUGAGAGGAAGUUUGAGAAGAGGGUGACCUACCAGUGCCGCAAGACGCUUGCAGACAGCCGGCCACGGGUGCGCGGCCGUUUUGCACGAAAUGAUGACUCUAAUGCUGUGAUGCCGCACCAAACCAAGAAGGCUCUUGCCACAGUGAAGAGCGGCGAGGGGGGGGGAGGGCUGGACGAGAUCAUGGACAUCCAAAUGGAUUGCCAGCGCGAGGCAGGGUUUGGGGAUGAGGCAGGUGACCCCCCCUGCAUUCCUUGA